AUGGAGGAAGAAGUGGCAGAAACGCUCAGUUUACAGACGAUUUUGAAGUCGAUUUUGGCUUCGAUCUUCGGAUUGACCCUGAUUCUCGCAUUCUGGCGGAUUUUCUGGAAGUUCGUGCUCUACAAAUUCCCGUUCAUCCAGGCAAUAGUGUCGGGAGAAGCACAAGCCCCCACCAUUCCAGAAGUCCAGCUUACAGAAGAAGAAGCGCGCCGAGAGCGCGAAAUUCGAAUCGCCAAAAAGCGCAAAACUCGAAAAGCUGAAUGA